AUGAAUAACUCUUAUUCGAAUGAAUGCUUGUUUUCCGAAAAUAUUGAUAUUUUGGAAGUAAGCCCUGAAAUAUCAUUAUUAUUUGAAAAAUGGGAGCUAUCGUCUGGUGCUAUAUGUAGACUUGUGAAUUUAAAAAUAAUUAGUAUCGAUAUUUUUAAAAUGAUGCAUUCUCAUGAUAUCGAUGAAAUUUUUAAUGACGAACAACUAUUGGUUGAUAAAAUAAGGUUUAGACACGGACUUUCACUGUGGCGUUUCGAAAAUAAUCUUGAUCCAAUCAUUUGUUGCCCAAAUUUUCAAGAAUCUCAAUAUAAUAACAGAAAAACGCUACCAUUAAAUAUAAUUAAUGAAAGCUGUAAUGUUCCAGUUAUCCAAUCUAAUAUAGAUAUAAAAAGUAUUCUUAUUAACACUGUGGCCGGUAAAGAUAUUAUUGAAAAAUAUAACACUACAAAAUAUUUAAGUGAUACUGAUCAAAAUGCUAUUGUCAAAAUAAUAGCUGACCAUUUUAUAUUAAAUACUAUAAAAAUGGAUCCAAAAGUAAUGAUAAAAAUUGCUCAGUCUAUUACAUACUUGUUUCCAACAGAAAAUGCAUUGACAUAUUUCGUUCCACGUACCAGUAAAAAAAACCCAUCUGGUAAAUUAUAUGAUAGAUAUUGCAACUGUUUGUAUAAGCGAAAAACUCUACCCGAUGAUCAUGUCAAGAAAAUCAAAAUUAAUGUUGAAGCUGAAAUUUCUGCAGAAAAUGGUGAUGUUGAAUUUGAGAAGAGAAAAAAAUGGCUUUAUUGGAACACACCAAAUGAUAUAAUGACUCCGUGGAAGGAGACUUCAGUUAAACGAAUGAAGGAGCAUAAAGAAUCAAUACAGCAGUUUCUUGAUCAAUGGGCGAGAUACGGCGAUUGUAAUGGUCACGAGUUAAUUGAUAUUGACUUUUCAACCCUCUAUCCUGGCAAAGAAAUGAUAAUGUUUGAAAAAAUAGAGGACUUGGUGCAGAAAGUGACUAAACUAUUUUUUCCGUCGUCUAUAAAAGAUAAACUAAAUCAGCAAUAUUUUGAAAAAAUGAAAGUAGCAAGUGAUAUAAAUUGCAAGCACUUUUAUUUUUUCAACUUACUACAUGCUAUUAUUUUACCUCCACGGAUCAGUAAAAUAAGUAAGCCAUCUAUAACGGACGCGCAAGAAGAUAUGAUAACACAUAUUUUUAAUAUUAAUAAUUAUCAACAAAAAGUGGAUGAACUCAAGGAGUUAGCCUUAAGAGAAGGACUAACGUUUCAGCCGAAGGUUUUUGUUGUUGGUAAUUCUCCAGAAACUUUAAAAGAAUUUUAUGUGAAUUUAAAUAAUAUUCAGUAUAAAGUAGGAAGUGUACUUAGUGCAUUAGAUUUAGUUAUGAAAAUAUGUUUUAUGUGUGUUUACGAAAUACCUUCAAAAGAAAAAAUUUCAAAAAUUGAAAAUAUUCUAUGUAAACUUAGACAUGCCAUUUGA